AUGAUCUAUCAUCAUUCAGUAAUUAUUUUAUGCUGUAUAUUUUUCAGUGAAAUAUUUGCUGCUACACGGUUUUGUUCUAAGCAAAUUAUUUUAUUUAUUAUUGUUAUUGUUUCGCAGAAAUCCAGUCAAUGCGGAUUGGCACCGUUUGUCGAAGAUUUACCAGCACCCGAAAAAGAGGAGAUCAAAGAAGUUUGGCGAAAUUACCGGACCGGUAAUGAUUGUGAAGAGCAACGCCGGAAAACCCAAGAAGUGAUCGACGGUUUAACUGAUGAAGCUCGUGCGAAACUUAAAAAUAUGCCAGCAUUUUUGAAAACUGCAUCUUCAAAUGUCAGAAGUCAAUUUAUAGCACUAUGGAACAACUUUUCAAUGCCAGUAAAUGAAAAAAUUGAAAAAUUUAGAGAAUUAGCUAAAGAACUGUUGAACUCACAGCAACUUGAACUGUUCAAACGUUACGAUGAAGAAGUUAGAGACAGAAAAAAGUUAAUCGAAGAAAAGGUGUCGCAGUUAUCACCAGAAGCAAGAACAGCAUUUGAUCAACUUUCUGAUUUGCAAAAGCAAAGAUCAACAAUAUUGAAUAAUUUAAGCAAAGAGGCUCGUCGAGAAAUCAGAGUUUUGCUCAAUUCAGUUCGUAGGGCUUAA